AUGGGGUGUUUAUACAGCAAGGAGGGCCUGUCACCCACCGACAAUGACCCGGGUGCGUCCUACGCGCCACCCAAGCCCGGCGCUCUGCAUGGCCACCCGCCCGCCCUCCCCGGGGCCCUGGAGACGCCCAAGGGGGGCACCAGGCACGGUGCCCACGGCCCCAAGCCCCUGCCGCGGCCCGCGCAGCAGCCCUCCGCCGACGCGCACCGCCGGCCCAGGAACUCGACGUCGGAAGGCCAGCGGAGCAGCCGGCAGAAGAGCGCACGGCCCUCGCACGAGCCGCAGAGGCACAUCAGCGACACGGCGGAGGACGGGGACUGGGACAACUGCGAGACCGUGUUCAACUUGGACGACGUCGAGGAGGCGCAGAUCGGCGUGGACCCCUCACAAGUCGACACACAGGGAAGCAGUGUUGUAGACAAGGCCUUCCAGAAUUCCUUAUUAGGCUCAAAGUCUUCGGCAGGGCUUGAAGAUCCUCCAGCAUCGAAUUACAGGGAAACGCCAUUACUGCGAAUAGAGAAAGUGAAGGGGUGUAUGUUUGUAAACCAAUACUUGGUGGUGAAAUACCUUGGCCGUGGGGCUUGCGGAAAGGUGUUCCUCUGUUUGAAUGUGCAGGACUCGAGGCUCUACGCGAUGAAGGCUGUGCGCAAGUCAGACCUUCAAACAUCACGCAACCAGGCACAGAAGCGCAAUCCAAUGGAGGACCUGAAGAGGGAGAUCAUGAUCAUGAAGAAAAUGAAGCACCCAAACAUCGUUACAUUGACAGAGGUGAUCGACGACCCUUCUGGCAGCAAACUCCUCCUGGUAAUGGAGUACAUGGAGGGAGGGCCAGUCAUGACCAGGGAAUCACUGGAGCGUUGCGAGAGGCUCCCUGAGGAGCUGGUUGCACGUUACUUCAAGGACAUGGUCAGGGCUCUUGACUACCUACACAGUCAGCGGGUUGUCCACGGCGACUUGAAACCAGAGAACGUACUGGUUUCGGCACAUGGGGAAGUCAAGCUCAGUGACUUUGGCUGCUCGAAAGUCAUAGUCAGCGGAAACGAGUACCUGGAAAGGUGCAAUGGUACUCCUGCCUUCCUUGCUCCAGAAAUGAUGAAACCGAACAGCAGAUACAGGGGUCGACCAACGGACAUAUACGCCAUGGGCGCCUGCUUGUACACACUGGUAUUUGGAAGGAUACCAUUCACGGCCCCAAAUCUGUACCAGCUCUUCCAGGUGGUGCAGAAUGAGAACGUGUCGUUUCCUGAGAACGUGCAUGUCUCUGACAGUCUCAAGGACCUGUUGAACAGGCUCCUCACAAAGAACCCCAAGGAGCGAAUUACCCUUUUGGAGGUUCGGCACCAUCCAUGGGUGACGGGGAAUGGGCGUUAUCCGCUGCCCAGGUGGACACCGCACAGCGACCCUUAUGCAAAUGCUGCUCAAGAAAAUAAUGCUCACAAGGUCAGGGACUUCGUUGCCAAACUUGCGAAGCAGAGUGUGCGGGAAAGGACAUUUGAGGAGUCAGAGAUUCUUCUGAGGCAGGGAGACACAGGGAGCUUCAUGCUGUACAUCAUAAACGGCAAGGUCGAAGUCCUCCUGAAGUGCUCGAUGCCGGCCCGCCGCACCGGCCGGAGCCACUCCUCCAAUCGCAAGCGGGGCUCCACGGACAGCGGGGACCCCCUCAUGAACUCCUCCGACAGCGCCUCUUCGGUGGCCCUCACAGAGGACGACCGGCAAGCUCGCCAGACCCUCGUCAGCGCCUCUUCCAACGCCAUAAAAUUCAUACGCACGCUCGACAGGAGCCCCUUUGGCCUCCACGUGGGCACGCGCAGCGGCGGAGACGUGGUUGGGGAGAUGGCGCUGUUCUCUCGGGAGGCGACACGCACGGCAACGGUGCGGGCGCUCACAAAGACCACCGUCAAGGUGCUGUCCAAGGAGGAGGUGUUCAACUACUUUGCGCGACACCCGAAGGAGAAGCAGCAGCUGAGGGAGGUGAUGUGGAAGCGGGAAGGCGAGAGCGUGACAGUGGAGGGUCUGUUUCAGCUGGGCAAGGUGCACGAGGUGCUGGCCAACUCGUGGGGCAUGCGCUGA